AGCAGCAAACGGCCGGCGGCGGGCGCCGCGCGCGGGGGGCGGGCGGCGUGGAGGAGGCGGCGGUGGCCAUGGCCGAGGCGUCGCCGCAGCCCGGACGGUACUUCUGCCACUGCUGCUCAGUCGAGAUCGUGCCGCGCCUGCCGGAUUACAUCUGCCCGAGAUGUGAGUCUGGGUUUAUCGAGGAGCUUCCGGAAGAGACCAGGAGUGCAGAGAACGGCUCAGCCCCCUCCACAGCCUCCGCGGACCAGAGCCGGCAGCAACCGUUCGAGAAUGUGGACCAGCCCCUGUUCACGCUGCCUCAGGGCUACGGGCACUUUGCUUUCGGCAUCUUUGACGACAGCUUCGAGAUCCCCACGUUCCCCCCUGGGGCGCAGGCUGAUGACAGCAGGGACCCCGAGAGCCGGCGGGAGCGAGAGCAGCACUCCCGGCACCGGUACGGCGCCCGGCAGCCCCGCGCCCGCCUCACCGCGCGGCGGGCCACCGGCCGGCACGAAGGCGUCCCCACGCUGGAAGGGAUCAUCCAGCAGCUGGUCAACGGCAUCAUCACCCCGGCCACCAUCCCCAACCUGGGCCUGGGCCCCUGGGGCGUCCUGCAUUCAAACCCGAUGGACUACGCCUGGGGGGCCAACGGCCUGGACGCCAUCAUCACGCAGCUCCUCAAUCAGUUUGAAAACACAGGUCCCCCACCCGCAGACAAAGAGAAAAUCCAGGCCCUCCCCACUGUGCCCGUGACCGAGGAGCACGUCGGCUCGGGGCUGGAGUGCCCCGUGUGCAAGGAUGACUACGGGCUGGGUGAGCGUGUGCGGCAGCUGCCCUGCAACCACCUCUUCCACGACGGCUGCAUCGUGCCCUGGCUGGAGCAGCACGACAGCUGCCCCGUCUGCCGAAAAAGCCUCACAGGACAGAACACGGCCACCGACCCCCCGGGCCUGGCUGGAGUGAGCUUCUCCUCCUCCUCGUCAUCCUCCUCCAGCUCACCCGGGAAUGAGAACCCGGCCAGCAGCUCCUGAGCACACCGGCCGACCAGCCCCCAGGGCAACAGCAGACACCCCACGCGCCCACGGACUGCAGCGCCACCGGGCCCGCCGUGGAGGAGGCUCGGAGGACCCACCCCUCCAGGCUGCGGAGGGAGCUCGGCCUCCCCAGGGACAACCCGGCUGGGCCGGGCGCCCGCACACACUGCCCGGGCGUCCCACCUUCCCCCCCUUUGUCUCUGACCUCACCCUCUACAUGUUCAACGGCGGAAAGGUUUUUAUAAUUUUAAAUUAUUACUGCUUUGAAAUAAAUGGACGUUUGAGCUCA